UUUAUGCCCUUGAAAUGACCUCAAAGUGCUCACAGCUGAUAACUAUUACGUGGACGAAUAGAAAUUUAGGAUUAAAUAAAGAAGCUGAUUAUCUAUUCUCAUUUGAAUUAGAUACUAAUACACUUCCGUUAGAAUUAUUGAAUAAAGAUUUAGAUACUCCAGAUUUUAAUUGGACAGAUUUAUUACCCGACUCUAAUGAAUUAGUAUCUCUGGACGAUAUUAAUCCUGGUAAUUUUUCAAAAUCUAAACAAAUUAAAAAUGAGAAAGUGAAGUUUACCAAUUGUCAAAGAAAAUCUUUGAUUAAUCAUUUUAAUCCAAUACCAAAAUUUUCAUAUCAAGAGAAAACUAUUCAACAACAAGAACUUUUAUAUUCAUCAUCAUCAACUCAUAGUUCUUCAAGUUCUGUCAAUAACCAUCAUCAUUGUCAUCAAUUGUUGAAUUCAACGGAAAUUAAUAAUGAGUGUGAUAUGAAUGAUUCUUAUAAAACUAAUAAAAUAAUUUGUCUAAAUAAUGAAGACUUACUAAAUGGUAAACCUGGAGAAUGCGUUAAAUUAACUUCAGAAGAAUAUAAAAUGCUCCAACAAAUCGGUUGUCAACUACCUAUCAAAUUUCCAUUAAGUCAAACUAAUGAAAAAGCAAUACGUUCUGUCAGACGAAAAAUUCGUAAUAAACUCUCUGCUCAAGCUAGUCGUGCCAAACGUCAAAAGUAUGUGAUUGAUUUAGAACGUCGGUAUUCUAUGUGUACUGAAGAAAUCAAGCAAUUACGUCGACAAGUAUAUGAAUUGGAGGAAGAUAAACGGAGUCUUACAAUACAUUUACGCAAAUUACGGUCUUAUAUCAAUAAAUUCAUGAAUAAACGAAGUGAAAAGUCCUAUUUACCACUAUUCGUGAACUCUGACAAUACUGAAUUUAAUCAUCAUAAUAAUAAGGUGACUGCUAAACAAGCCGCUAAAGCGGCAGCCGGUGGAACUAGUCUCUUGUUAAUGACGUUUAUGAUAUUGAUGUGGACUGCUGUAGUUCCAAUACCGUCGGUCAUAAAAACGUUAGAUACUGCAUCAUCGAUGUCUACAAGAAAUUUUUUCAGUUCAUUUCCAGGUCGGUCUCGAAUGCUGAUGAGUAUUAACAACCCUCCAGAAUUGUAUUCUUCCUCCUCCUCGUCUUCUCAAGACCUAAUUCUUAAUGAAUCAAAAACAACUUUAUCCAAUCCGGAUAUUAUACCUGAGAGUACAAUUCAAUAUAUUGUUCCGAUUAGUAAAUUUAUUACACCAGUGGUAAGUGAUUUUUUAUUCGUGUUUAUUAUGUUUUGUUUCUUUUUUUUACGAGAAAAUCAUGAGUUUAAUGUUUAAUGCUACUUAAGAAUUUGUCUUCGUCGUCUCUAUUGUUUUGAAGUUAUUCAAUCAUUGCGAUAGUUAAACCUGAUCGUUGUAUACUACACUGUAUACAACUAUGAAGUGGCGUAGAACCGUGAUGAGGGAAAAAUAUGGAUAGCUUUCUUUUUACCGGUGUUUCCGAAGUUUUCAAUGUAUCUAUGUAGCUGUUGUGUCUUGUUAUUGAGUUUCAGUACGGCCUAUGAUGUUAUGGAUUUAGGAACAAAAACGAUUGAGUUCCUCUAAUACGAUUGGUUCUCUUUGGAACUGACAACAGUCAAUUAUACUUAACACAUCAAACCUCGACGGCUAAGACAGGAAGAAGACGAUAUGCAGGUAACUUGACAUUUGUGGUAGAACAAGCAACUCAAACAAAAUUGGCACAAAAGUUGUUACUAUAUUAGCAGAAUAUGACCUUCGAGCAUGUAGCAGCUUAUCGAACUAAAAAAACAUGGCAACCAGUUAGAGGGCAAAAGUCAUACGGAAAAUCGAGUGGGCAGAAAUUAUCGUUCCACAACAGAUCUUAGCAUUUCUAAGAAACCUUGACUAUUCGUGCAACCAUCUUAGCAGUAGCGUAAGAAUCACAUAGCUAACGUUUUCAUUAAGCAAUAAAUUUCAGGGUCAUCCGUUAAUUUUUUUUAAUCGUUUAUGAACUGCACAAUGAUUCAGAACUUUAAUCAAUUUGGAAAUAAUCUCCUAUGCACAUUUCAAUGUGAUUGACUUAUAUUCAUGUAUCGUUUAUACAUGUUAAAUAGUUUAGUUUGUUAAGUAUGUAUUUUAUGUAAGACUAUUUGCUUUUAACUGUUUUGCAUUAAUUAUCAAGUGGUUUUCAAAUUUUAAUUUAACUUUGUGCAAAGUUAAUUAAUCAAGCAAUUAAGUUUAAAUCUGACCUAUUCUAUCUUAAAUAUUCUACAGUUUAAAUGAUUAUUACUUUCUUCAUCAUUUUCAAAUUAGUUAUUGUUAAUUUUCACACUUACUUAUACUGUUUAUUACAGUGUUAACAACUCUUGAAUCGAUUUUCCAUAUUUGUGCCAAUUUGUAAAGCAAAAUGUACUCUACGUUGUAGUGUCAGAAAAUUAGUGCAUGUGAUUUAUUAAAUUCAGUAGACUAAUGUUUGCUGGUGUGUGAGUAAGCUGGGGAAAAAAACUAGAGGAGAGAAAAACAAAACAUAAGAUCAAUCCAGGAACUCAUUGAUUGUUCAAUUAACCCUUGUCUAUAGGUACAGACUAUGCUUUAUUAAGGUCCACUCGAUUAUCAUAAUCACUAAUUGAAGAUGUUUGAUUGUGGUGGCAUGGUUCAAAACUAAUCUGAACGGUUCAGAUCUAUUCACUCUUUAUCUUUCCUUACAUCUUGAGUUACAAAAUUAUCUUAUACUUGAUAUUCAUCAAAUUAGUUUUUGCUUCAAGAUCCAUAUUCUAUAUGCCUUAUGUUUUCAUUCUUUACUAUCACUAAUGCUGUUAGCAGUUCUACUAUUCUGAUGCGUUUGUCUUGAUAAUUUCAUCAUACUGUAUUGAUGUAGUAUGAUAAGUUGAACCGAUCCGAAUAUUUAUCAGAUUUUAUGUUGUUUAUGACCUACUAACUAAUAUAAAUCAUUUCAUAUUGACUAUUAAAGAAGGCAAUCCAAUCACUGAAAUUCAACAAAAGCGGAACAGAUGGGUAGAAUACUUCGAGGAACUCCUGAAUAGGCCGGCUCCAAUGAAUCCACAUCUUCUGGUGGUCAACUGGAUUAUGAGGACCUCGACAUCUGAAGGAAAACACGGAAUACAACGGACAACUCAAAAUCAAUUAGACGAUUUGGACUUCGCAGAUGACCUAGCCCUCCUAUCGCAUACACACGAACAGAUGCAAAGACAGUCAGUGUAGCAGCAGUCUCUGCAUCAAUAGGCCUCAGCAUACGCAAAGGGAAAACCAAGGUCCUCAAAUUCAGGGCGGAGAACAGCAAUCAUACCACUCUUGAUGGCGAAACUCUGGAAAAUGUAGAAUCCUUCACAUACCUAGGAAGCAUCAUCGAUGAAUAAGGAGGCUCAGAUGCAGACGUAAAGGCAAGGAUUGGCAAAGCAAGGAUAGCAUUCGUACAAUUGAAGAACAUAUGGAACUCAAAACUACUUUCAACCAAUAUCAAAGUGAGAAUCUUCAAUACCAACAUCAAGGCAGUUCUACUGUAUGGAGCUGAAACUUGGAGAACUACAACAACCACCAUCAAGAAGGUACAAGUAUUUAUAAAUAGCUGUCUUCGCAAGAUACUCAACAUCCAUUGGCCGGAUACCAUCAGCAAUAGCCGUCUGUGGGAAAGAACAAAUCAGCUUCCAGCUGAAGAAGAAAUUAGGAAAAGACGAUGGAAAUGGAUAGGACAUACAUUACGCAAAUCGUCAAACUGCAUCACGAGACGAGCCCUAACUUGGAAUCCUGAAGGAAUGCGGAAAAGUUGAAGGCCAAAGAACACAUUACAUCAGGAAAUAGAAUCAGACAUGAAGAGAAUGAAUAACAACUAGAAAGAGCUGGAAAGUAUUGCCCAGGACAGGGUUGGAUGGAGAAUGCUGGUGAGCGGCCUAUACUCCUUCACGAGGAGUAACAGGCGUAAGUAAGUAAGUAUAUUGACUAUUAUGCAUAAUUCUAAUCAUAAUCAUUCAAUAAUGUUUUAUUUUAUUUAUUUUCAUUUGAAAGAUUACUGAACACUAAUGAAUAAUCUAUCAGAAAUUAAUUUACAUUUAUAACUAAUAUUUUUACACCACAAUUAUCCAUCCAUAUAAAGUGCCCAAGCCAAACACAAAAUCAAUAUUCUCUAAACAGUAAAAUUGACGUUAAUAAUAAAUAAUUCCAAAGAGAGAAUGAGAGAGAGAGAGAGAGAGAGAAAAAAAAAGAGGAAAAUAGUUGAAUCAAAUGAAGCAAUCAAUGAUACUUUCAACAAUAACAAAAAAAAAAGAAUAAAGAAAUAAAAAAGAUAAAGAAAAGAUUAUCUUAUCUCUUUUUUUUUUCUAUUAAUUUCAUUCUUAUUUAAUAUUGUCAUAGAGUCCAUUACCAUUUAUAUUAUGUAUGUUUAAACAAUAAUAAUAAUUAAUCAUAUUUUGAUUUAUAUAUAAAUAUGAAAAAAAAAGUUUUUUUUCUUUUUUCUUGAUAAUAAAUAUACUUCAAUUCAUUAAUUUUUAUGUUGUUGUUCCGUUUUUUCUUCUCUCUUCUUUUUUUUUAUUACUCUUAUUAAAAAUAAGUCAGUAAAACCGGACAAUAUUGUUAGUGAUUACGUUGAUUAUUAUCUAAACGAUAUAAUUCAUAUUUUGAAAAUAAUUACAAAGUGCUUACUGAUUUACAAGCAUAAUCAAGGUUAAUAAUAAUAAUAAUAGAAAUGGAACCAGCAUUCUCCAACCCAUUCUGUCCUGGGCCUCCUUUUCUAAUUCCAUUCAAUUCUUGUUCAUCUUUUUCAUGUCUAUUUCCAUUUCUCGGCGUAAUGUGUUGUUUGAUCUUCCUCUUUUCCUUUGACCUUGAGGAUUCCAUGUGAGGGCUUGUCUUGUGACGCAGUUGGGUGCUUUCCUCAAUGUGUGUCCUAUCCACUUCCAGCGUUUCUUCCUGAUUUCUUCCUUCGCUGGGAUCUGGUUUGUUCUCUCCCACAGUACGUUGUUACUAAUACUGUCCGGCCAACGGAUCUGAAGUAUACUAGAAUGAUUAGGUUGAUACAAAAUGAGAGGGAACAUCAAUGGUAUAUUAUUUAAAAAGACUUUUUUAAUUGAAUAUUUAUUAUAAAAAUUUUAAGAAUGUAAAAUAUACUAUAUAGAUGAAAUGCAUAAUUUGAGGUAUAUUAUUUUAAUGUACAACAUUAUUAUCAGAGUAUACAACGUAAUCAACAUCAAUUUUGUAAUUAUAGAUAAAUCUGUAAUCAAGAAUGUAACAUGGACAUAUGUUCAAUGGCAUUGUCACAACUUUAUGAGAGUUUUAUAAUGAUAAAUAUCGCAUACAGUGCAACAGUCAGAAAUUAGUAUUUUCUUGGUAUAAGGAUUGUUAUGUCAUGUUUGAAAAAGUGCAAUUUGGUGAUGAAUGAUUCCAACUCUGUUAAAGGGUACUUAUAGUCAUCUACAAUUAGAAGCAAACUGAAUGAAAAUGAAAAAAAAAACAUGGAAUAACAAGGUCUCCUUGAAAUGUGAAUAACGUGGAUUGUAAACACAAUUCCAAGCACUUAAUAGCCUUGGAUGGAUCUGACGGAUAUCGUGAAUUCAAAUUUGAAUUAGAUUCUAAACAAUCAUGAACAAUAUCCAAUGUUUUGUUGAUAGGUACAUUGGUAAAUAAGGAAGAAAAUCAUUGGAGGAAUAAAAGAAUAAAGGACCUAACGACAUGAAUACUCUAGCAGUGUGGCACAUUAAUCACAGUGAGAAAAAAAAUAUCAAGACGACUACAACCAAUGUUAAGUGACUGAAGUCUCAAUCAAACAUCACGUGCACUGAUUAUUUGUAUUUUGAUAUUUAAUAAGAUGUAAAAUGAUUCUAAAAUUUAAUUACCAAGUCC